UUGUUUUUUCAACUUCAAACGAGGCGGUUGCGCGGCGGUUAAAACACGUUAAUAACAGUACCGACACACACACACAUAAGUCGCUGGCACGCACACUCACAACAGGAAAAAACUAGAAAAAAGACAACAAGACAAAGUUUUAGAAGCAACAGGUCAAGAAGAAGAAAAAGACUUGUUUGCUGGCUUUAAAUUAAGAGUUGACUAUUCAAAAGGCCACAACAACGCAGGCGUUGAUUCAAAUUUGACUGAGGUACGUGUAUUGGGGGCCAGUUUGUGUGUGUGCGAGAGAAAAGAAAGUGCAAUAAAAACCAAAAAUUGUGAAAAGCCAACAAGUGCAAUGUAUACAACAACGUGUUGAACAGAAAAAAACCUAAAACAAGAAAUCAGUAAAAACAGUUAAGUUGCGCGCGCAGAGGAGGAAGGAGAGUGUGCAAGAGGGAGAGGAAGCAGAUAAAGAGGAGCAGGAGGAAGCUGCGGAGUAGAUAUCGUUUACCUUUACCAACAACCUGUCGCAUCCCACAAAAAGAGCCAGCGAGCGGGAGAGGGAGAGGGAGAGCCGUACAGAGCGCGGGCGACAGAGAGGGAGAAUAUCCGAUUGAGAACCACUUGUUGUUGCUGCACAACCGCUGGCGGUGCAGCCCUGAAAUGCAGAUCAUCCAAAUCCACAGCUAGUCUGGCUUGAGGCUUCAGUUCGAGGAGCAGAAUCACUAGCUAUAAAUAGUUAUCGGGAUCAUCUAGCGAUCCACCAUCUUCAGCACGAUCAUCACAGGCAGAGAUUGACAAAAUGCAGGUCCCCGAGCACGUUGUUUCACUGUACAUCGCCACAUGCGGCCAGAACGGACCCGGCCUGGGGUCGGAUGAGAAGGAGAUCAUACUGCUGGUCUUUGUCCUUCUGGAGGCUACCACUGGACAGAUCGUGGGCACCAAACAAAUACUCGUGCGGCCGGAUGGCUACUUCAUCAAGGACCGCACCAUCUCGGGAUCCUCGGACACCUCGAGUGCCACCAACAACACGGCCAGUUCGCCGCCCCUGGCGAUUGCUGGGGACGCCAACAAUGGCAGUGGAACCGCAGCUAACAACGGAGGCAGUGUGGAGAACGGAUCCGAGGUGGUCCUACCCAUUGCGGAGGCCCAGGCGGCGGGAAAACCCCUAAGCGAGGCCAUCGAAGAGUUCGAUGCCUACCUGCGAUCUCUGUCGCUCCACGACACGGAGAUCAAGCUCGUCACGGACGGCCAGCUGCCGCUGAGGCAGUGCCUCCACCGGGAGGCCAGUGCCAAGGACGUGGAGCUGCCGGCGUACUACAAUCGCUUCAGCGACCUGCGCAAGGAGUUCCUGCGCUACAAGUCCGGCGACCUUGCCCGCGCCCUCGUCCCCGUCAAGGAUGUCAAGAAGAUGCUCCAGGCGCCGGCGCUGGCCAUGCCUCAGUCCAUCGCCGAGAUGCUGGGAGAACUCAGCAGCCCGUCGGUGGAGGACAACGACUUUUACAUCCGCGAAUCCCGCGACAUGGUCACUGUGAUCCAGACCCUGCUGCAGGCAGGCCACAAAUUCGCCGCAAACGAGGUGGUCAACCUGGUACUGGAACCUGGAAUUUGCUCCAUCGACGACGAGGUCGACGGCAACUGCAUCGUGAGGGCCAGAGGAUUACCCUGGCAGAGCAGCGACCAGGACAUAGCCAAGUUCUUCCGCGGCCUGAACGUAGCCAAGGGUGGCGUGGCCCUCUGUCUUUCUCCGCUGGGACGUCGCAACGGCGAGGCUUUGAUCCGCUUCGUGUGCCAGGAGCAUCGCGACAUGGCGCUCAAGCGGCACAAGCACCACAUCGGACCCCGCUACAUCGAGGUGUACCGGGCCUCGGGCGAGGACUUCCUGGCCAUCGCCGGCGGAGCCUCCAAUGAGGCGCAGGCCUUCCUCUCGAAGGGCGCCCAGGUGAUCAUUCGGAUGCGCGGACUGCCCUACGACGCCACCGCCAAGCAAGUGCUGGACUUCUUCACAACUGGCGACACACCGCCCUGCCACGUUCUCGACGGGAGUGAGGGCGUGCUCUUCGUCAAAAAGCCGGACGGACGGGCCACCGGGGACGCCUUCGUGCUCUUCGCCCACGAGACGGACGCGCCCAAGGCGCUGGGCCGGCACCGCGAGUCCAUCGGUCAGCGGUACAUCGAGCUGUUCCGCUCCACGACGGCCGAGGUGCAGCAGGUGCUCAACCGGUCGAUGGACCCCAAGAACUACGAGUCGGGCGGCGGGCACAGCCAGCCGCCGCUGAUCGCCCAACUGCCCACGAUGCAGCUGCCGCUGCUGCCGCAGGUGGGUGCCCACAGCCUCGCCCACAGCCUCGGAGCCAGCCCCGCUAACCUGUGCCCCCCCGUGCCACCUCCCGCUCUCCCUCUCCCCACACAGCACCUCAUCACCUCGGGCACCACCAAGAACUGCAUCCGGCUGCGCGGACUGCCCUACGAGGCGAUGGUCGAGCACAUCCUGCACUUCCUCGACGACUUUGCCAAGCACAUCAUCUACCAGGGCGUGCACAUGGUGAUCAAUGCGCAGGGUCAGCCAAGUGGUGAGGCCUUCAUCCAGAUGGACCAGGAGGAGUCGGCCCGCUUGUGCGCGCAGCGCAGGCACAACCACUACAUGAUGUUCGGCAAGAAGUACCGGUACAUCGAGGUGUUCCAGUGUUCCGGCGACGACAUGAACAUGGUCCUCAACGGCGGACUGGCCUCGCCGGUGGCCCAGCCGCCGCCGCCGCACCUGGGCCACGCCCACAAGCAGCAGUCCCUGCUGGCCGCCACCACGGGUAUGUUCAGUUCGGCGGGUCAGUCGCCGACGACCGUUGCGGCCGGUACCGCUCAGUCGCCGCUCGGCGGCACUCACACACCACACACUCACCCGCACUCACAUGCGCAUGCGCACGCCCCGGGCCACGCCCAAGCGGCAGCAGCAGCAGCCGCGGCCGCUGCCGCCGCCCACCACGGCUUGUCCCCCUCGUCGGCCAUGUUGCCGGGACUUUCGGCCGCCGCUUCCGCUUCCGGCUUGGCCUCCUUGAUGAGCGCCGCCGCCGCCGGUCAGCCCUCGUCGGCAGCAGCAGCAGCAGCAGCAGCUGCUCAUUCGGCUGCCUCGCUGCAAAACGCUGCUGUCUCGCUGACCCCUCAGGGCUAUGCCCUCAAUCCCUUCUCGCUGCCGCCUCCUCCGACCGCCUCGGCGGCCUCCACGCCCUUCCUGCUGGCCCAACAGCAAGCACAGUUCAUAGCCCAGCAGAGCUUGCUGGCGCGACAGCAGGCCGAGCAGCAGCAGCAUCAGCAACAGCAGCAGCAGCAACUCUAUGCCAGUGCCAUGCUGCAGCAGCACCCGCUGUACUUGCAGCACCAGCAGCAGCAGCAACAGCAACUGUACGCCAGUGCCAUGUUGCAGCAGGGUCAGCCGCAGUUUGUGCUCAUGCAGAGGCCCUCGGCCGCCUACUUGCCGCCCUUUCCGCUCAGCUACGUGUCCGCCGCGGGGGCGGGCUCGGGAGUGGGCGUGUCCCCGGGGGCAGCAGCAGCUGCAGCAGGAGCGGCCGCGGCAGCAGCCUCAUCGGCCUCUGCCGCGAGCAACUCCUCGCUGAGCCAGUCGAUGAAGCGCUCCUACGAGAACGCCUUCCAGCAGGAAACGGCAGGAGCGGCGGCGGCCAGCGCGGCCAAGAGAGCCCUGAACCGCCAGUCCAGCAACGUCUACUCGUACUUCAAUUCGGGGAUCUAAUGGAUCCCCAGAAGAAGCCUUUAAGAACCCUGAAAUAACAGCUGCAAGCUCCGGCACUUCGGGCACAUUCCGUGCGUGGGUGGGGUGUUCCACAUAAUACCUACAUUAAGGCGCACGCACACAACCAUAUAUCAUGUACCAUCAUGGCCACCACACACUCACACACACACAAGGCAUCAUACCAGACAUUCUCUAGAGCUUAAUUAUUACCGACUUGGAAUGUAGACUUAAGUACUUUUCUUGUAUGGAGUACUCGUAGUAGCCUAAGCAUACUUGUCUAUGGUCUAAGCGAAUAAUACUUACUAUAUAUAUUUAAUAUACAACGACACGGGCACACACACAUACACACCACAAGCACUGCUCACCCAUACACACGCAUAAGUACACCAGUUAACAGAGGGAAUUUACAGAGAGAGGAUCAAAAGGAUCCUGGUCACUUGUGUUCUAUUAAGCAUUCCACACUCACGUGUAUGGACUUUUAUUUUACAUUAGCUUGGUGUGUGUGUGUGCGUGUGUGAGGCAGAAGGAGCUGUAUAUCCUGGGAGUAUAUAUGUGUAUCCUGCUCUGCCCCCGAUUUCGAGGGCAAUCAACAGAGGCUAACGUGGUUCAUGGAGGGAGCGAGAUCUUCUGGGUGGAGCUACACCCAUUCAGUGCAAUCUAAUUUUAGUGUCUACCCUCUGGAGCCCUCCCUAAAGUAUACAAACGAGCCUCCCUCCCCCCAUGAACCGCGUCAGGUGUUGGCUCAAGCGCAAUUUCAACUGAAUUCGAAACAGAACCCCAGAACGAAACCGAAACCGGGCUAAGCCGGAGUGUAUCACGAAACCCAGUUCUGUAAGAAGGAAACGUUGUGGCACAACAACCAUCGAUGGGUGGAGCUGUGUGCCCAUCGACCUAUAAGCCUACAUUUAUACCCGCUAGCUUUAAGACCGCGCGACUUGUAAAGUGGGUUUGCAUUAAUCAAUUCUACCGGCAAUCUUCUCCCGUGUCUCUCCAUGGCCGCUAACAAUCAAGCAAUCAAUAUUAAUAAUCUCAUCGUCUGACUUGCAGUAUCGUGCACCCUAUAAAUAGUGCCUAGAUCUAUGGUGUAGCUCUUAAGUGUGCGUAACUGGUGUUAGUCGCAACCGGGACUAUACUCUAUACUGUGUCACUCUCUAUCCCUACCCCCAAUAUCAAUACCGCUCACUGUCUGUGUGUUCUUUGUCAUCACUAAUUUAGUCGCGGGAUCAGCUAGCUCUAUAGUCUAAAGCUUGUUGUAAGUCGGGCCGCUUUAGUGUCUAUAUACAUAGUGUGUCUAGUCUGCAUAGUCGGAUGAUAACUGGUUACUGGUGACUCGGGCCUACACCCUGCAAAGUGCUUCCUAGCUUUAAGACUGUCUUAACUCUGGGAAUUACCUUUUCGGAGCGAUAUGAUACUUAAAUUCGGCAAUAUAUAGAACAUGGUUCGGUACUUUUAUGGUUUAUUGAAAUUCUGCAAUAUAAGCUAAGAAACUUCUUUCGAGCUAAGCCAGUGGUUAAGCUAAUGGGCGUUUUGUAAAGUACACACGUAGGAGCUUUUGUCAGCUUUGUCUUCCGGGAGGAGCUCACCUCCUGACCCCCAACCCCUUCAAAAAUCCAGCUCCCUACAUCCACCUCUACCUCUUCUCCUGCUGCGUCUAACACUAAGUUCCGCUCGUCUUGGGAAGAUCGAGCCUAGCGAGGAAAGGCAUGGGAAAGAUAGUCUGCGCCUAGCCUAAUCCUUAGCCUAAUUUAACCCAUAGUUUUACGUAGUAUGGCAAUCGAGUGGCUUCCGAGCGGGUUGAACGGCCACUUUAAAGAAACAACACACACAAUCAAUAAUAUCUACUUAACUAGUACGUACGCACAGCAGUUUUUAAUGUUUUUGGAAAUUUUACGAUUUUUGAUAUUCCAUUCUUUUUUACCACUAGCUGUUAGUAAAACCAAUCUUUGAUUAAUUUUUUACAUCAAUAAAAUACGACAUACCGCCUAAACUAA